UCGUGAGCAGUUGAAGUGUUUGGUUGUUCGGUUUAGUCUAUCGGAGCAUUGUUUUUGUGCUGAUUUUUCGUAAUGGAUGGUCUAGUGGAUCAAAAGUUUAAUAUUCGUUUGGUGGAAACGGUGAAAAAAUAUCCAGUUAUAUACAAUUGUAACAUUGAAGGAUACAAAAAAAGACCUUGCAUACUUCUCAGACAAAUAGCGUGGAAAUCUAUUGGGAAGGAGUUAAAUUGUGAUCCACUAGCAUUGCAGAAAAAAUGGAUGCAUUACCGCACACACUUUUCGCAAAUGAUGAGACAAAAGCAAAGGGGUGAAUAUACUUCACCAUAUUAUUUAUCCGAACACCUACAGUUUCUAAUACCGUAUUUGAAAAACACAAACGAGUCCGUGGCAUCCAAUACAAGCAUUAAGGGUCUCAAAGAUGAUGAUAAAGGGAAGGAGAAAAGGGAAGUCAAGCAAUACGAGACAGAUGCAUAUCAAUCUGGAGAUGAAAAUAUAACAGCCGAGGAGGUAGAUGAGAUGGACCAAGACUUAAUGCAUCUUGACAAUUAUUCCAAUGAUGAGGUUGUAAGCAAUGAGGCUGAUGUUGAAGUCACUAAACCUCAUUACAGUCAAAAUAGAAGGAGCGAAGUAGUUCACAAUAGAAGUGUUGCUCUUCCACCCACACAUGUUGCUUCAUCUUGCCUUGGCAAUAUUGAUAUUGAGCAAUUAGCAGCAGAUGGAGAUCCAAAACUACAGUUUUUAUUAAGCUUAUUACCAGAUCUCAAUGUAAUGUCCAACUCACAAAUGCGAUACUUUAAGUGCAAAGUUCAAGAGUAUGUCGGCGAAAUUUUAAAUUAAAAUUAAUAUUAA